AUGCCACCCAAAAGAAAGAGGACGAAGCUCGAAGAGGCGAGACAUUAUCUGUCCGGAGGUGGUGUGAUCCGAGAAGACUCCGAUGACGAACUCGGCCUGGAGGACCAUCCGUGGGAAUGGAUGUACGAUGACGAGAAGGACCUUAUUGGAGCACGCAUGGGCUCGUUCGAGUGCCAUCUAGGAGACACAGUGUUGCUCAAAGCCCCGACGAGUAAUGAGGCAUGGGUCGCCAUCCUCUACGGCUUCGCCGAUGGGACGACGGAGGAUGACGACGGCGACAUCGUUCCAGAAAAGCAGGCCACCAUGCUGUGGUUCUCGUCGGAGAAAGAAAUCAGAAGCAAGAAGAAGCGAACCGACUUCCUCCCAAACGAGCUAUACAUAACGACAAACUUCGACGAAAAUGCUUUGAGCACCAUCAACGGCAAGGCACAAGUCUUGUCAGAAAGUGAGCACCAACGCCUGUAUCCAACCGGCAAGAUACCUCGCAACUCCAAGUUUCACGGCAAGACAUUCGUUUGUAGAAGAGGUGUAAAUACCAGAACUGCGACAUACACAGACGAGUUCGGCUGGGAAGAAGUGUACGGAGGCAAAGACGACAUGGAUAGCUUGCUCCACUUGGUUGAGUCACAGACAGUCAAGACGAGGCGGAGGCGGGCAACCAAGAGCCUGAAGGAGAAGGACCUCGACGACUUUGUCAUGGAAGACGAUGGGUUUGAUGAGCCCGAGACGCCCAAGAAGAAACGAAAGUUGACCACAGACACACCAACAUCAUCGAAAGCAAGACAGCUUACGCCGCGCAAGUUUCUCACGCCUAGUGGUCGUAAGAUCGUUACGAAAAGGCCUUUGGAGUUUACGCCGCUUGGCACUAGAGUCUUGUCGCCUUCACAGUCACAGGCUUCCCCUUACCAGAUGGCGCGCUCUACAUUGCAUGUCUCGGCCGUGCCACACGCGCUUCCUUGCAGAGAACAUGAAUAUGAUACUGUUCACUCGCACCUUGAGGCUGCGAUUACUGCCGGCACUGGCGCUUGCAUCUACAUAUCGGGCACCCCAGGGACUGGAAAGACAGCUACAGUUCGUGAGGUGGUUGCUAACUUGCAGACGGCGGUUGCCGAGGAGCAAUUGGAUGACUUCUAUUUUGUGGAGAUCAACGGCAUGAAAGUCACCGACCCUCAUCAGUCGUAUAGCUUAUUGUGGGAAGCUCUCAAGGGCGAUAGAGUAAGUUCUGCUCAUGCGCUGGAGCUACUCGAGCGAGAGUUCACGACUCCCAGUCCCCGGAGAGUGCCUUGUGUAGUCUUGAUGGACGAAUUGGACCAGCUGGUCACCAGGAACCAGGGAGUGAUGUACAACUUCUUCAACUGGCCUCAGCUACGACAUUCAAGGUUGAUUGUGCUUGCAGUAGCCAACACGAUGGACUUGCCCGAACGCACCUUAUCAAACAAGAUCUCAAGUAGAUUGGGCUUGACGCGAAUAACAUUCCCGGGCUACACUCAUACACAGCUGAUGACAAUCAUCCAGAGCCGACUGGAAGGUGUCGGUCAAGUGAUUGUGGAGUCUGAUGCUGUUCAAUUCGCCAGCCGCAAAGUCGCUGCCGUCUCCGGCGACGCUCGGCGAGCUCUGGAUAUCUGUCGGCGAGCCGUAGAGAUUGCUGAGGAAGAGACGGCCGAAGUCGAGCCUGGCAAAGAGAACCAAGCUCCAGACACACCGAGCAAGACCCCGGCGCGGAAGCCUGCCACUACAACUUUGGCAUCGAAGAAAGGCAUCGUGACAAUUGCAACGAUCAAGCGUGCGAUCAAUGAAGCCACUUCUACUCCUCUUGCAGCACAUCUUCGCUCGUUGUCCUUGAGCAGCAAGCUAUUCCUGGCAGCUCUACUUGCUCGACUGAGACGGACUGGCAUUACUGAAUCGACCCUUGCCGACAUUACGGACGAGGCGCGAAAGAUGGCAGUCAUGGCCACCAACAAGGAUAUUCGGGAGCAAUUGCUGACGCCGGUCGCGGUCACUGAAAUGGCAGAUGAUGAGCUUGGAGGAGCAGCCGGAAUGACUCCUUCGAAGCGUGGUCGGCCCGCCGCCAAGAAAGAGAUGGAUGAGGCGGCGCGCGUGCUUGGCUUUGGUGUUGCGGCGCAGGAAUUGGCUGAGGCUGGCAUCAUAGGUGUGGAAAGUAGAAAUGGCGAUCGCGUGGGAAGAGUCAGACUUGGCGUUGGCGAGGACGAAGUUAGAGGAGCUUUACGUGAAGACGAAGAGUGUCGUGGGCUUGGAUUUGCUGCUUGA